CAUCAACAACGGAGGAGCACACCAGAGAGGUAUGUCAAAAGCGUUUAGAGAGGUAGUCUGGUAGUCUAAAUAAUUUUUACAAAGUUGGUGCUUACAUAUAUACAUUUACUUUUAGUUUUUAAUUUCCUUUUUCUCUUUAUUUUAUUUUAGUUCCUUCUUAUGCGCUGGUAAAAAAAGAAAAAAUGAUAUAAGCGCUAUAAGUAGUGGUGGUGGUGGUGGCGGCGGUGGUAGUCGUAGCAGAGGUUGAUAUUGCUACUUUACUACAAUGUAGUAUAUACUACCACUAUACCACUACCACUACCACUUUAUUGUAAUUUAAAAUGUUCCGUAUGAAUAGGAGAAAAGACAAACGCAGUUAGUAGUAGAGCACAACGCCCCAUACCUAAGAAAAUUUGGUAAUCUAUCCAUCCGAUAACUUUUGCUACUCACGUGACCGUACGCCCGACGGUUCGUUCGUCCGUCCUUUCGUCCGCACCACAGGCAUACCAAUGUGUAUUCUACAAGUUGUCGUUACGUCUUUAACUCCUCCAAAUCCAUGAUGUCAUGGGAUAAUCAGCCAUUCAACCCUUUUUGUUUCUUCGCAAUCUGCAUGGUAUUUUUUUUCUUUUUUUCUCAUACUUUUAAAGGCACAGCUUAUACUGGGUAAUAGCAAGUCAACGUUCAACUUGCCCAACGCAACUAAUUUUUAUUACAUGAUACAGAUCUCGCCGUCGUUCCCUCUCCCAAAAAGGGAUUUCAGCGCUGAUUCCAGUAUGCCUGAUUCUGGUUACUAUGGAUCAUUAACGGAGGUAUGUCAAAAGCGUUUUGAAAGACAGUCUGGUAGUCUAGGUAAUUAUACAAUGUUAGUGCCCACAUAUUUAUAUUUAUUUUUAUUUUUUACUUUUCUUUUUCUUUUUAUUGUAUUUUAUUUUCUUUUUAUGCGCUGGUAAAAAUAGAAAGAAAUUAUAUCGGCGCUAUGUAAGUGUAGUUUUUCUAAGCAACGAGCCCUCGCGAAAGCGAUUUAUAAUCUCCUUGCGCGCAAAGCGCGCUUUCCACGCUGGUCUUAUUAGCGGCGUGCGACUGUGAAUUUGCCUGGCCCAUGCAUGUAUAUUUGUUUGAGGCUAUACAUCGGUCACUUCCGGUUGCUAUCUGCCUUGACGUCAUCCGCUUGACGUCACGCAGCAUUUGUGUUUCCAUGCAACAUUUAAACAUUCGAUAGCCUUGCAGCUAUUUAUAAUCUCCUUGCGCGCAAAGCGCGCUUUCCACGCUGGUCUUAUUAGCGGCGUGCGACUGUGAAUUUGCCUGGCCCAUGCAUGUAUAUUUGUUUGAGGCUAUACAUCGGUCACUUCCGGUUGCUAUCUGCCUUGACGUCAUCCGCUUGACGUCACGCAGCAUUUGUGUUUCCAGGCAACAUUUAAACAUUCGAUAGCCUUGCAGCUAUUUUUUGUGCACUAUCAUGUUUCCUUCAUAAAGGGCUGAUGUUUUAUUCAUCGUCUGUGAAAUAAUGUUACAAUCACUUAAUCACGAGCAACUUCUCAUGCAAAUAAUACGGAACCGCAAACGCAAGAAGAGCAAACGCAACAUUGGUGAAACAUUGAAGCAACUUAGGCCAGUGUUUAAGAAAAAAAGAGCAUAAAUCAAGAUAAAAGAGUAAUUUUCAGUGCGUGUCACUUUGCACUCUAAGACAAGUUUGCUUAUGAAAAUGUCGCGCGAUGUUUCUCCAACGCGCGUUUCAGUUUGGCUUUUUAAAUAGCCCCUGAAGUCUUGUUUUGAAUCCGUUUUACACUGUGAAAAUUUUAUUAGUUUGCUGGCUUUCCCGCCGGUAUAUAGAUCAAAGUUUCAGCUCUGUACUAUAGACUGCGUGGCAGGCGUUUGAAAGGGAAGGGAAGGGGAGUCUUAGACGGGGGAGAAACGCGAGGGCCGGGACGCGCGAGGAGGGAGGGAAGGAAACGCCUGCCAGGAAACCAUUUUUUUCGCCACCCCGCUUACUAAUUAUGUAUGCAAAAAUAACGCAACUGUGAAUGACCUAGCUGACAAAUAAGUCUGGACGCAAUGCACUUGUUUUUAGCUUUUGUUUUCCUAAAACAAGAAAUCUGAAGUGAAGGUACGUGCUAUAAAAAAAUAGUUCAAAUGCGGUCUUGAAAGGAGAAAGGAGAAAGUUGCAACGAUGCGUGGCUUGUUAUAUAAAAUCAAUUAUACAGCUAUUACGUCGUUUGCUGAAAGAAACGCGCUGGUUUUCGCAGCUUGCAUGCAAUGUUUCAUGUUAAAUUGUCUGAGAAAAAUUAAAAACACUUUGCUUGCUCUCGAACUGGAUCCAGCUGAGCAUACUAAACAACGCUAGUAGCGGGAAAAGAAGAGCUGAACUUCGAAGAUCUUCAAGAAGGUUACAAUUAGUUAUUAACGUAAGUUCCUGGCGUCUUUAUAACGUCCAUAACCAGCAAGAAGAAGUCUUCAAACCAAAAAUCGUCUUCAACAAUCUGGUCGUUGAUAGCGGAGCUCCUCGCGCGCGCGAAGCGCGCGCGGAGCGGAGCACCAUGGGUAAGAAAAUUUGGUAAACUAUCCAUCCGAGAAAAUUUGGUUAUGACGUAGCGUACGCCCACCCGUACACACACUUCAUGUAAGCCGAUGUCAAAUGUCACAAUAGAUCUUGCACAACUUGACUAGCCUCUUAGUUAUGUAACCCAUCCGUCUGAGUACGAUUAGAUUGACAGCUGUCAAAAUCAGACAUCCGCUGACAAUUAUCACACGACCAUCUCGCGGGCUCAGAUAAAAGACCAGUCGUUUUGCCCCUAUAUAUAAGCUAAUAUAAUAUGUCACACCUACCAAUUCAACAUAAAAACGAAACUACGCCGGGCAAGGCUGUCAGUUGGCUGACAGUCGUUUAAAGUUACAUUAGCAAGCCAAAUUAAGGUCAAUUGACAGCUGUCAAAAUGGGAUAUGUGCAGACCACUAAUAACGUGGGCUCAGGUUCGCUCAGGUACACGAUCUGGCAUUUACCACUACAUGUCUGUUAAUUCGAAUAUUCGCCAUUCUAAUGAAGGUUAAUUGACAGCUAUCAAACUAGAGUAUACGCUGACCAUCAUCACCUGAGUGGAUCGCGGGCUCAUUUUUCUAUCCAUUGAGGUCACGUAGUGUUUAAAGUUUUGCGCUGAUAUUUUAUUUGAUCACGGGCUCAAUUCGAAGCCCCAUAGCUUUAUAGAAAAUCUAUCCAUCGUAGAAAAUUCGGCAAUCACGUGACCGUACACCGACCACCCGACCUUCCGUCCGUCCGCACCACAGGCAUACCAAUGUUUAAUCUCACACUUACUAGCUAGUUUGGGAGCCUGCAACCUGAUAUUGUACAUCCAUGGUUUGAUUAAUUGACAGCUGUCAAAAUAGUGUUUCUGCUGACCAGUAUCGCCUGACCGUAUCGCGGGCUCAGGUAUCGAUGCUCUGAGUUCGAGUAAUUCUUUGAAGGUAUCCGCUGACAAGUUGCUACUUUUCAAAUGAUCGCAGGCCCAAGUUCAAUUUUUUUAAAAUGUAUAUGAAAUAAGUCGUGUUUCAUGAGCCGUGCUUUUAAAAUGCUGAUUUCGAACUGACCUCGGACACGAAAAUUCAACCGGCUUUGACAUUUCCAUGCAGGAAAAGCAAUCGCUUUUGACUUUUCUCACUGCCACGCGUUGAUCACGCUCUACGUCCAAUUUUUAUGUUCUGAUUGGUCAAAAUUUGACAGGUGAGUUUAUGCGGAAAAUUUAUGCAGCGUCUAGAAACUUGCUUACUGAUAGUUGGAGCUGACAGAGUUUUGUGUCAUCUUUUGAUGUUUUAAACUGUCUUUUUCUACUUGGUGUACAAAAUGAAAUACAGCUGCUAUCAAGAUUGUUCUGUAAUUCGUGGCUGGUUUGUUUAUUGCGCUUUCUGUUGACAAAUGCACCGCUUGUCAAAGUCAUUGGAAAUCCGAUUGCGGAUGGCAUCGUUUUCAAAAAUGAGCUUACUCACUUGCCCUUGCUUGAGGCGUAAGAGGGUUGAAAAGUCUCGAGCGAUUCUGGAACACUUGAUGGCCUUCAGAAGCAGCAUCUCGACUGGUAAGCCUGAGCAAUUAUUGUCUUUGAUGUGUUUUUUUUUUUUUCGGUUUCCUGAAGUCGAGCGUAUGGUUUAUGCGGAUUAAGUUUAUACACGAGCAAUGAUCUAACCUACAAUAGUAUCAGGUUUAAAAAGCCUUUAGGCAUUUUUUGACCCGCAAAUUCAAAGAAAUGGUUCCGAACAUUAUUUAGUUAUGAUUUUGGCUGUAAACAGAAAGCUCUGAGCGAUUUUCUUGCCUCGAGUUCAUCUUGAAAAAGAGCGAACACCGGGAAGCCGGCUUAAAACAUAAAUAAGCUUAUGCUUGCCUGACUCAUGAUUUUCUGAGACACUUUACUCUCAAUACUUCUCUUCGUGAAUGAAAAUUAUUGUCUCUGUACAUGUUUCACCGAAUUAAACUUAUUUUAUUGAUUGUUAGUAGUCCCUCUCGCAAUUUUCAUCGCUGCACCGGUUGUUUCCAGUCGAACAUAAACAUCGCAUGUAGGAAUACUCAAAACGCCGCGCGUAAAUAUCACUCGCUUUUAAAGAUUACACAUAACAAAAUCAUACACAUUUGAAUGAAUAAAGGGAAAUAAAACCUAAACAUAACAAUUUCUCUAUCGGCAUGUUGAAGCGUAAAUGGUAACUCUAUUGAUCGUACUGCUAAUUUUGUGCCUGUCAAAAGUGAGAACCCGCGCGUCCGGCUGGCCGAAAAGUGAUUUUGGGAAAUUUUUUUAUCGUUUUCAUUAAAAGCCCAAAAUUAUUACCCUGCAUAUCACAUAGGACCAGAUUUUUUUAACAGAAAAGUCCCGGCAUUAUAGAAUUCUCUUCAUGAAAACGCUUUAUAAUUCAAUGCUAUAAUUUGUUGUGCAAAGGAAGCGCGUGCUUCGAUCGUCGUGGAUAUUGAAUGAGUGCAAAUUCUCUUGCAAAAUUGUGAAAAAACUGAAGAAUUAUAGGUUUAAACAGGACAAAAAAGAACAAAUUCUGUCCGAGGUCUGUAUGAUAAAAAAAGGGCCUUACAGUACUGUUUACCUGAGACGUGAUGAGAAAAAGUAUGUUUAAAAGGCUGGUUUACACGCCACCAGAUUCGUCGCCAAGAGGUACUAGUAAACUAAACUUGUCGAACACAAAAAAUCCGGUCUGAUUAUUUAUUUUGGCCUCUCUUUUAGACGGAGGAAUGCAACGUGUAAAUUGGCUGCCACCAAGGACUAUCGUGGCGCAUGUGUUUCUUAAAACUAAAUUUCGGGGUUGUCCAGUUAUCCAUAGUCUCUCUAACGGAGCAAUGUUGGAGAGACUGGUGAAUGCCACAUUAUGAUGCAACAGCUAAUGCAAAUACAAUACACGAAUAGGUCUAUUUUUUUCCAGGCCUAAUCUACUGUGAUCGAACAUGAUUGCUAUUUUUCGGUGUACAAAUAAGACUAUUUACUAACUCGAUGUAAAAUUUGUUUCACUCUUAGUCGGUCAAAUUCUGAUUUUUCUGUAAAAUCACUCAGCCUUUGCCUCAAAAGUCAAAUGAAUGUGCUCUGAUCUGUGGAUUACAAGUUUAUUGUUUGAUUUAAAUUAUGAAUUUAUUAACGGGAGCUUCGCUUUUAGCCGUGGCUAAAUCUAUAUAUUAAAGCGUAGCCCGGCUGCAUGGUAGGCGUUUGAGGUCAAACAAUAGAUAACAAGAACACAGGCAGCAGGAUAUGUCCUUUCUUUCUUGUAAUGAGUAAAACAAGCCGUUAGGGGAAGAGACUUCUCAGAACUAGUCAGUAAAACUCAUCUAGCUGACAGGUCUUUUCUUUCAUGCGGUUCUUUUAACUGUCUUCUUCUAUUCUCCUUUGAAGCUGAAAUUGAUGCCUUCACUAACAAUAUAUUUUUAAAUGAUUACUGAAAAACUGAUUAAGUUACUCAGAAUUCAAAGCGUGAGGUUGAUUUCAACCAAUCGGAUUAAGGCCGUGAUUGACAUGUUUUGAAGACUAACCAAUCAGGAUUUUAACACUCGCCUGGUGGAUGUUAAAAACGAGCUCGUUUUUCUCGAGAAAUACAAUGGUCUCUUGGCAGGCGUUUCUUUCCCUCCCUCCUCGCGCGCCUCUCGCGUUUCUCUCGCGCCUAAAAUUCUCUUUCCUUUCCCUUUCAAACGCCUGCCACGAAGGAUACUCUGUACUAAGGCCCGAAGUAUAAUAAUUUUUAUGCGAACCGCACUGUCGUUUUUGCGUUUUUUUCUUUUCUAAAUCCGGCAACCGAAAUAAUGCUAAAUAUGCUUUUCAAUACACUUUUAAAAAUGACACCACACAAUGUGAAAAAAAGAAGAAGAAGAAACUGGAAAGAACAAAGUAUGGACCUUCCCGAUGACAUUCGCGGUGAGUCACCCAUCCAGUUCCGAAAGGGCUUAAUUUGAGUGCCCAACUAAACCGAGUUUCGCGGGGGAAAUUGCGAGAUACGUUUUUCUAGUUAUUAUUAUUAUUAUCAUUAUCAUUAUCAUUAUCAUUAUCAUUAUCAUUAUCAUUAUCAUUAUCAUUAUCAUUAUCAUUAUCAUUAUCAUUAUCAUUAUCAUUAUCAUUAUCAUUAUCAUUAUCAUUAUCAUUAUCAUUAUCAUUAUCAUUAUUAUUAUUAUCUCUUUUAUCACAGUCUUUGCUGGUGUUCUUUUUGUGCAUCAGCCGGGCGCAAACCAUACACCUGGAGCGUCACUCACUCAAGUCAAUCAUUCUGUUCAUACACUGAGCACCUUUCUGAGGAUUCGCGCAGAUCCCAGCAUGCAGAUCUUUUGAUUCUCUGUCAUAGUAGCUCUCUCUGAUACUUUCUUGAUGUUUUCUACCAUACCCUUCUUCACUGUACCAAGCGCACCAACAAUCACAGGGAUCACUACGGUUUUCAUAGGCCACAUUCUCUGUAUUUCUAGUUCUAGGUCUUCGUACUUUCUUUUUUUUUUUUCAGCUUCCUUCAGUGCGAUGUUUCUAUCUGAUGGAACAGUCAUAUCAAUCAGUUUGCAGGUGUAUUUCACUGAAUCUUUAACGAUGAUGUCUGGUCUUUUCGCUGUUAUAGUUCUAUCAGUAUUGACUGGCAUGUCCCGCAUGAUGGUGAUGUUGUUAUCUUUAUUGUGCAUCACGGUCUCUGGCUCGUGUUCGUACCAUUUGUCUGUAAUCUCUGUCAUAAUCUUUACAGAUGCUCCAAUGGAGAUAUGCUGCAGCAUUAUUGUGCCUGAAGAUGUACUCUGUUUUGGCUAAUACCUCACAUCUAGAUACAAUAUGGUCCACUGUCUCUUCAUGUUGCGAACACAUUCUGCAUUUGCUCUCCACUUGCUGGCCACAUAUUACUUUCUGGUAGUUUCUGGUGUUUAUUGCCUGGUCUUGAGCUGCUACAAGUAGUCCCUCUGUUUCUCCUUUCAAAUUGCUUGACAACCAUUUGUUGGUGGUGACUGUGUCUACAUGAGGCUUCUCUAGGAUCUUUGUAUACUGGGCAUGCAAUGCUUUGUUUUUCCACUUUUCUUCUUUCAUUGACUUCAUCUUGGACUUAAACACGUGUUUCAGGGCUUUAGCAUUUUCAGAGGCAGAUUUAUCUUCUCUGUUCUCAAUCUCUGGCAUUGUUACUUCCCUUUUGAACUUAGUAGCAUUCUUGGAUAUUGAAUUUUUGGCUUUAGAUCUUUCAUGUUCAAGCACCUGCUUUGGAUAUUGCCCUUCUUUGUGCUUCAGAUAGUGAUCAAGCCCUAUUGUUGCUGUUUUGAAUGCUGUUUCUACAUCAAUCAGGCCCCUACCUCCAUCUUUUCUUGGGAUGUACAGCCUUUCCACAUCUGCUUUAGGAUGUGCAUGUUCAAUAGUUUGCGUGUUUUUGUGUCAAUCUUCUUCAGUUCUGAGAUUUUCCAGUCAGUGAUGCCAAAGCUAUAUUGCACAACUGGGACUGCAAGACUGUUGAUAGCUUCUAUUUUGUUUCUUCCAUUGAGCUCAGUUCUCAGGAUUAGUCUUACUCUCCUAUUAUAUUCUUUCCUUAUCUUCUCUUUCAUUUUGCUAUGCUGGAUACCAUCACUUUAAUCUACACCCAGGUAUUUGUAUACUCCUUCCUGGUCCAACUCUUGUAUUUCUGUGUCAUCAUCUAUUACUAUGUUUCCAGUUGAGGCCAGUUUACCUUUCUUGAAACUGGCUUUGGCACAUUUCUCAAGUCCAAAUUCCAUACCAAUAUCAUCACUGAAUUGUUUCACUAUUUUCAGUUCUCCAACUUGUUCUUGCUCGUUCUUGCUAUACAAUUUUAGAUGAACCAUAUAAAACAGAUUGCUGAUUGGAGCACUUGUGUUUAAGAUCUUGUAACCAUACCCAGAUGUAGCCAGCUGUGAUGUUAAAGGCACAAGGGCUAGACAAAAUAGCAGAGGUGAGAAUGAAUCUCCUUGAAAGAUCCCUCUUUUGAUCUUGAUCUGAUCUGUUGUGAUACAUCCAUCAUUGUAAGAUAGCUUCAUUGUAGUUUUCCAGUUGCUCAUUGAGAUCCUCAUGAACUUGAUUAGUUUUUCAUUAAAUCUGUACAUGUGUAAGGUCCUCAGUAUCCAACUGUGAGGAACACUAUCAUAGGCUUUUCUGGCUUUUCUGUAGUCUAUCCAAGUCAUACUCAAGUUCUUUUUCUUCUUUUUGCAGUCUUCUAUGAUCAUUUUAUUUAUUAGGAGCUGAUCUUUGCAUCCAUAUGAAUCACUGACACAACCUCUCUGUUCUUCCGGCAAUAUAUCAUUCUUUGUGAUAUGGGUGUAGCUUCUUUCGGUUAAAAUCGAUGCAAGCAACUUGAAGGAUGUUGAUAAACAGGCAAUUGGUCUAUAGUUUUUGGGGUUGUUGCGUAGUUGAUGUUUGUGCUGUAGUGAACCAAUCAGGCAGAUUCUCUGGGUGUUCUAUUGCUUGGUUAUAUGCAUUCAGUAGGUGUUGAUGUAGUGCUGUAAGUUGCUUUAGCCAGAAGUUAGGAACUGCAUCAGGGCUGGGUGACUUCCAGUCGCUUGCUUUCUUUAAAACAAUCUGCAACUCAUCUCGGCUUAUGUGCCCCCAUGGUUGGCAUUCUGUAUCAGUAUAUUUCUGCUCCUCCCUCUUUAUCCACUCUGCUGAAUGGUUGUGCUCUUUAUCGUUCUCCAAGAUGUUACGCCAAAAUGUUUCUGUUGCUUCUUUCGUAGGUGGUUUUUCAACUGAUAUCUGGUCUUUACCAAGAUUUCUGAAGAACUUUUUCCUAUCGUUUGCAAACAUCUGGUUUUAACUGAAUUGUUUACUUCUUUUUACAUAUCUCCUGAUUCUUUGGGCUUUUGCUUGAAUUUUCAUUUUAAGGGAUUCUCUUACUGUUUGCAGUUCUUGAUAUGUUGUUAUUUUGUAUUUCUUUUUAAUUCUUUGUUUUUUCUUGGAGAUAUUUUGGCUUUCACCUUGUUAUUAUCAUUACUAUUAUUAUUAUUAUUAUUAUUAUUAUAAAAAAAGGUAAAAUCUUUAUUACAAAACCUCAAUUAAAAUCCUAUUUACAAUCAACCUGCUGUUACAAAAAAUCUAAUCAAUUCAUCAAAACACUAUCUACAAUUCCUUCAUUAGAGAACAAAAAAAAUCCUAUAUAUAAUAAGUGAAGAAAGAGAAAACUAUUCAUUUACAAAUUCUAAAAAAUAGAAGUAACUUAACCUUACAUAAAAGAAGAGGAAAUAGAUAUAAUCAAUAAUAAAAGUUCAAAAUUCUAUAAAAUUAAGAAUUCCAUUAUGCAGAGAUAUCAAGAUCAUACAAUCGAAUUAUACUAAUGACGGCUAAACCAGUGUCCAUAAAAAGCCCUAAGUAUAAAAGCAUAUAGACAAGUAUUUCAGAUGUCCGCACUAGCGACAUUUAUUUUACAGUCUAAUGAUUGCUCUAUCUUGCCUCGAAACGGCGUUCGCGAACCUCUGACGCAUGCAUGUACCGAUCUUAAGAGUUCAAACGAGAUCUGUGUCCUGAGCCAAGUGAUUACAACAUGAUAAGGCUCGGUGUCUUUCUGAGCUAUCUUGUCUGCGAGAUGCUUUAAGAACCGCUGACACUCGUUUCCCAUUCCGCCAUUGGGUCCAAACACUAAAGGCGUAAACGAACCCAUUUCUACAUCUAACACCCGCUGCUGGUACUUGCGCUUCUUCUCUUCUUCUUGCUCUUUGAACACUCUUUGAACACUUCCGAUGUUGGCUUGCUCUGGUAACACUUGGAGUUGACGUGCGUAACUCGAACAUCAAAAAAUGCCGUAACUCCUCUUGCCCAGAAACCUCCCGCUUUGAUGUCCAAUCUUGCCUCAGAACUUGUAACAGCGCUCCUCAAAUGAAAUAGCUCGUUGUCCAGUUGUUGGAGGCGUGGUUCGAUUUCGACAUUAUGCAGAUCUUGUCGAUGAAUGUCGUUAACAAGUUCCGUACACCGUCAUGUCUCUGCGCUACAAACCCCCCCUUUUUACAAGAGAGGGCGUGACUAACGGUGAAUUUAUCCCCACAUAUGCAAUGACUUGGUAAAUCGACUAAGGGCAAGUCAUAACGCAAGCGUAGCGAGUCUCUGAAUUCUUGCUUGUUGAGGGCUAAACCUUUGUCUGCGAGAGGCAUCGCAUUCAGCCAAGAACUUGCGCCCUUGUCCCUCGAUUGAUUAACCAGACGCAGCAGGCCUGGGGAGAGGCUUGAAUCAAUGCUAUCCAUUUUCACUUUGGCACUUGCUCUCUUAAGUGAUUGUUGAUGCCUCUUUAGCUCCUCCGUAGAUCUUUCUCCUGACACCAUGAUGGAACUCUGUGAAGUAAUAGAAUCUACGUGCGCGGUGGUUAUUAGUCUCGAGGCAGCAAACUGCUGCGGUGCCUCGGAUUUCAGAUCAGGAAUGCCUAGACCCCCUUGACCUGUUGCUAGGGUAGCAAGUCUGCGCACCUCGUUAGGGAGAGGUUCUGAUUGACCGAACAAAGUUGGGAGUAGUAAAUCUUCAAUCACUUCCUGGAUUGGAUCGACAUAAACUUCAAACGAUUCAAUCGUGCGCAUGAAGUAUGUGAACUCCGACUUGUAGCCUUUUGUGAAAGCAAUAUACGCCGCAUGGGGCGGGCUCUUCGCUAUUUCAGAGAGACGUUCGAUUUCCUCUUUCCAUGCACGAACCUUCUCCUCACAAUACUGAUCUUUGUAUUCUUGCGACGCAAUAACUGCUCCCAGAUGGCGCUGACCUUCAGUCGUUAUGUUGACUUCCUCUCCAAACACCCUCUUUGCUUCCUCCGCGAGUUCCCUAGACUUCUCAAUAAGCCAGUUCUUUGUCCCAUUCACAAGGUAACCAAACUUUUGACCUUCCUUACUCAAUUGCCUGUACCAGUUGUAUAACUGCACUAUACUCCCUCCUCCAGCUGAGUCGUCUGCAAGCCACACCUGUUUAACCAAUGGGCAAUGAUCCCUCAAAUUCUGUAUCAUUAUGGAUGUAUUAAGUGCGUACCAUGGCAUCGCUAGCGGAUCUCCUUGUGUGGUGCCUUCUCGAGAAAGUAUUUCACCUCCCCCACAAAUAAACAGUCUUGAUGGGCUUCUAUAUGUGUUAAUGACAUAGAGCGCCAUUUCUUUGCACAUGAUCUGGAUAUUGUGUAAGGCCGCUGACCUAUUCAUUUGGUUAAAAGCGUUACUAGCAUCAAUUAGCAAUAUUCCAUCUGUUCCUUCUUCAUCAAACACUUGACUCAUCGCAUGGAUCGCAGCCUCCGCUCCUGCAUUAUGACCAGCGCAAACUUGUAGGGGACCCGCCGCUUCUUUUAUUUCCUCCUUUAAGAAACCGCUGACCGUUUUCCCCACUAUUCUCCUUAGUACCUCUCCAACACCAAUUGGUCUGAUUCCUGGGUUCUUGUGAAGCGGGAUAAGCCUGCAGGACGUAAAGGCUUCAAGUAAGGAUGGGUGGUACGAUUUCCUUAGCAGAUUUCUUGUGAACACGGCUAGCUCGUCUCUCAAUAUUUUGCCCUCGGUCUUGAAAUUCUUAGAGCACAGGAUUCUCUUAUACAGCUCUGCGUCCAUUCCAGAUGGUCCGGCUGAGCCCUUGGUUUUGCUUGCCGAGUUGUAGAUCGAUUCUUCGUCUAUGAGGUCAUAAACGUUUGGCGGAAUAUAAUCAAUUGGGCCAUGUAACAAACUCUCCUCUGCGAUAUCAGCUGCCUGUGGGUGCUUGUCCUGUAGCCCUUGCAGGACAUCUGGCGAUAGGUCGAGCAGACCGGACGAACUCUCGUUAUCUAGGAGUUUCAUUGUAGUUUCAAUUUUCCUUGCAGAACCAGCUUUGAGAAGGCUUUGGAUAUGUCUUCAACCUUUCUAGGUUUCUUGGAAUUCACAAAUUUCCCUUGAAAGAACCUCACUUCUUUAAGCAGCAAAUCAAUGUCCCCUUGUUUCCAGAGUGCUAAUCGACGCUCUAUUGCUUCACUAUGCUCCUUGCUUUUGGAAGUAGCGGAUGGUUUUUGCAAAAUCAAAGUUGGGAGCACCAUGAAUGCUUUAAGAGCGACCGAGUUCAGGUCAGAGUCUGAAUUAAAUUGCUUAAUCCAGAAGGUUAAUUCUUCAAUGAAACUCUUCCCUGCGCAACCCGAUGGAACAUUGAAUUUAUUCCUCCUGUAGUGGACGAUUUCAUCGUAAACAUCGUUGACAGUAUUACAGAAACAUGCGUAACUAAUACUGCCCCAAGUUUUGUUCUUUGUUUCGGAGGGAAGCACAUCAUAAUCAGGCAGAUUUCGCUUGAUUUGAUUUUUGGAGUUUUGAUCCUUGCAAGUAGCAGUCCGUCUCUGGGGAGCUCUUUGAUCAGCAAUGUCGGAAGAAAUAUGCAAAUUCGAACCUUCGACCACAUUCACGUUUGAUAAAUUUUCACCUUCGCAUUGGGCGGGUUCGAGACCCUCGGUUUGUGACAAAAUAGAGGCACCAACCUCUUCUGUUUCGUCUAGAACAGUUAAAGAGUCGCCUCUAACACUUAUUUGUGAGUUUUCAUCCGUUAUCGCUGCUGCGUGGUCGCGAAGAUUCUGAGCUGAUAACCCCAAGUUCACGUAUCCCACGUCAUCCCAUAGAUCUUUCAAAAUGCGCAUAUAUCCUUUCUUGCGUCCGUUCUGAUAACAUGGCGGGUUGCUUGAGCUUUUUAAGCUUAAGGCUUUUUCCCUGCAUUGUAGUAAAUCUUGAUUCAUCUUAUCUGUCCAUUUUAGCCUUCCUGGUUUUCCAGCAAGCGACCGACCUGCAGCCGCCGCCUCCGCCAUUAUUAUUAUUAUUAUUAUUAUUAUUAUUAUUAUUAUUAUUAUUAUUAUUAUUAUUAUUAUUAUUAUUUGUCACGGAUAUGUUUAAACUUAGCUGUAGACAAAAAAUCGCCCCCUUUAACCCACCACUUUCUGGGCUUUUCCAGUGCAUAUCCCCAGCUAUCUAAUUAGGACGCUGGAAAUGUUUUUGCCGGCAUUUGAGUUGACAUCUAAGCCCUUAGUAAGUGUUUUACCGCUUUUAACGCAAAGUGCGAGACGAUUCGUUUAACAUACAUGAAUUUCCAGACUGAUGUGUUGUACCCAAACUAUGCCAGUCGAGUAAGUACUUGAUCACUUCCACCGAAGAUCAUGCUCACGGAGGUCUGCCUUGUCUCCCAAUUAUUUGCCCAAUGCACGGUGGCACCUUAAUUUAUCGAGACAAUCGCAAGACGUCUGUUAAGGAACAAACAAAUGGUUUUUGUGCUGCAGUCGCUUCAUAAUUUGCAUCCAUUCAGCGUUCCGGAUAUACGUUUUGAUGGAAAUCCAUUGAGGUACUUAAGUUUUCAUUUAAAGGGACUGGUUCACGAUAAUGCGCAUGCGCGCCGUUUGUCUCUUCAGAAUAAAUUUGUCGGGUCAACACUAAAUUCGAAAUCACCAUUACCGGUACAAUCCUUGAAAAUCCUUCGUUUUAUUCGGACAUCCGUCGCUUUGGCUGGUCUAGUUAUACUUCGGUAGUGGUGAUUAACGUGUGGUUGUGUCGUUUGACUGGUUACGUUUUGAGAAGAAGCAAGCAAUGUAUGCUACUCGAUAACAUUUGUUUUGCGGAACACUGACCCGAUGCAACGCGAAUGAACUUGUUCAUUUGCUGAUAAGCAAUUGAAAUUUAUGCUCAGUUAAGGAUAAUCUUUAUACUCAUACGUUGUGUGUUUUUGUCACUGGUCAGGCGCUAUUUUUAGGUAUUUCUGGGUUUAUAUAAGGCGAACUGAGAGAACAGUAAUAAGAUGUUUGUUUACAAAUUUUGUUUGCCGAUCGGUGACUGUUUAUUCUUAUCGGCUGCAACAUAUAUCUGAGGAGUAGCAAAGAAUAAAAUUGAAUUAUGGGGAUAAAUAAAAUCAAACCAAAUGCCCGGAAAUACUCUCGCGUCGCGAACAAUUAAUUUGAAUUUUGUAAAUUUACUUGCGUGCAUCUAACUCGCUUCCGAUUGGUUGAAAAACAAUCAGCUACUGUCAGAACUCACACAUGCGCAUUAUCGUGAACCAGUCCCUUUAAUAUAUUUACCGCUUUUUCCAAGGGUUGAUUUCCACUGACGCGUAAUUUUUACGUGCGUACGUGCGUAAGAUUUACAUUCGCAAGUAAAAUAGAGGCAAUGUGUGAAAGGUCGCACGUAAGCGUAAAAGUAGAACCUCUCUCAACUUCGCGUUUAAUCUCAACACUUUAUAUCUUAUGUCUAUUUUAUUUACGUGAUUAAAAUUUACGUGCGUUAACGUGCGUAGCCAAAAACGCGUCAGUGGAAAUCAACCUUAAGGUUCAAAUCACAAAGUACGCCUAUGUGUCUAUUAGUAGAUUUACCGUUUUUCAAAAAUAAUUAUUCGGUUUACAGUCAAGUCGCCGAUUAUUCAGGUUAUGGUUAUUUAGUGGUAAAUCGUAAAUAACUCAAUAGAUUUACUGUUUGCAAUCAUAAUAUAUAGAUUUAGCCACAGCUAAAAGCGAAGCUUCCAUUGAUAAAUUUAUAACUUAAAUCAAACAAUAAUUUUGUAUUCCACAAAUCAGUUAACUUAAGGGCACAUUCAUGUAACUUUUGAGGGAAAAGCUAAGUGAUUUUGGAGUGAAACAAACCUUGUAUCGAGUUUAUAUAGCCUUAUAUGGACAUCCAAAAAAUAGUCUUCGGUCACAUUUAUGAGCAAUAAUGGCUCUUGAUCACCGUAGAUAAGGCGUGGAAAACAAAUUCUUGGAAAACAAAUCAGGCCGAAUUUUUUGCGUUCGACAAGUUUACAAAUUCUUGCCAAUACAUCUGGGUGCGUGCAAACCAGUCUUUUAUUUAUUUAUUUUUUUUAUACACCACAUCUGAGGAGAAAGAGUACUAUGAGGCGCUUUUUUUAUCAUACAGACCUCGUACAAAAUGCAGUAUUUCACAAUUUUUCAAGACAAAUUGCAUUCAUUCAAUACUCAGGACCAUCGAAGCACGCGUGGACUUUUAAUCAGCGAAACCGUUCAAAAAAUGUCCAAAAUCCCCUAUACGGCCAGCCGGUUUUAACUUUUGACAAGCGCCAAAUUUGCGAAGAAAUUUUAAACGAGUUACGCUUCAACGUGAUAAAGAAUUUAUUGAGUCUAUUUUUCUUAAUGGUUUUAUAACGAUGUGUAAUCUUAAAAAGCGUUUGAUACGCUCGGCAUUUUGAGUACUCCUGCAAGCGAUGUUUAUGAACGCCUGAAAACAAACGGCAAAGCGAUGAAAAUUACACUUUUGAGACUACCAACAAUCAAUAAAGAAAUAUAAUUCGGUAGAACAUUUACAGAGACAACAAUUUUCAUUCACGAAAACAAAUGAGUAUUUAAAUGUCUCUAAGAAUCCUCAAGUCUUUACUAGUAAGCUUAAAGAUUAAGUUCAUGUUUUAAGCCGCCGGUUUCCCGGUGUUUGCUUUUUUUAAAGAUGAACUCACGACAAGAAAAUCCCUCAAAGCUUUCUUUCUACAGCCAAAAUUAUAACUAAAUAUUCUUCGGAAAGUUUUUUCUUUCUAUUUACGGUGAAUUAAUAUCGACUAAAGGCUUUUUAAAGUUUUGUAAGCUUAAGCUUAUGUCAAACCUCAUACUAGGUCAGAUCAGUGUCUCAGUCAAAUCUUAAUACAAAUGUACAUAAACUAUUGUAGCUUCAUAAACUGCGCCGCUGGACUUCAUGAAAUUAGAUGUAAAUACAAUAGUUACUCAGGCUUACCAUAUUUCGAGGAGUUUGCCUUUUGGUCGAGGGUAACUAGUCGAGGUCGAGGGUAAGUGGUCGAGGGUAACUAGUCGAGGGUCGAGGGUACAUGGUCGAGGGUCGAAAAAUCCUCCACAAUUAUUUUUGAACGUCGUCAAAUCAAAAUUUCGUGUUUACUUGCCUGUUUUAUUUUUACGUUAACACCUAGGGGCACGUGUAUCAUUUGUCGUUGUAACACUGGAGUAAAUAAUAUUGAAUAUUGAAAGCAGAGACCCAAUGGUUUUCUUGUCUAACGUUUCACUCGCUUAUGAAAAGGCUGCUAAUCUGGUAACUUUCACUGUUUGUAUUUAAUAUUUCCCACGUCCACUAGUUUUGUCCUAUGUGAGACUUGGGUCAGCGUGAUUAUUUUACUGCCUGUAAGACAAAAACAUGGAAAACUCAACGAUAACAACGUAAUAAACACAACUUGUCAAAUGCCGCAUUCACAGACUUCACAGGCUGGCAAACACUUAUAGCAAAUACUAACAAGAAAUUCACACCAUCGGUUUAAAGCCUCUUGAAAUUCGGAAAUGAAAGCGAAGCACGGAGGAGUAAAGGAAGAGAUCGAAACAAUGGUACUUUUAAGGGGUAUAUUUCCCAGACCCACUACAUUUUAGAUUGCUCCGAAAAACGAAACUUGAAACUGCAAAUAUCACGCAACUGAAUAAGCAUGACAAUAAGCUUUAUCGACUCAGUUAAAAAGUUAAUUGGUUACUCCUAAUAUGUAGAAAGAAAACGAAAAAAAGCACAUGCAUUGUACUCUAUCUUAAAUCGAAUCUUAAAUGUCUUAUAGUUAAAGAAAAUUAGAGUUGAGUUCUCAGUCAACAGUUUAAUGGUAUUAUGGUAUUUAUUGGACUUCCUGUUACGCUUCUUUCCUUUGGUUGCUUUAUUUGGGAAUUUUAGGUUUUAAAUUGAAGAAAAAUUCAGAAAUAAUUGUGGAGGAUUUUUCGACCCUCGACCAUUUACCCUCGACCCUCGACUAGUUACCCUCGACCCUCGACCAAAAGGCAAACUCUAUUUCGAGAUGCAGCUCCUGUAUGCUAUCAAGGAGUCUAUCUUUUUGUCGAGGGUGGAGGGUCGAAGGUUCCAUGUCGAGGGCGAGGGUACCAUGUCGAGGGUCGAGGGUAACAUUUUUUUUCCAAAUUUUUUUUUUUUGGAAAAGGUAAUAAUCGAUGCAAUCAAUGUCAUUAAAACAAAUAAGAAGAAUUUAAAAAACAAAUGGCGCGUGAACAUCUUCUAGUUGUAAGGUGGGGGGUGGAAUAGAGAAAAGCUCCGGGACAUCCAUAAAGAAAAUGUGAUGUUGUUGUUGUUGUUGUUUAAUGAGAACAACAAAAAAGAACUUAAAAGAACCUUCUCCCUUCCUGUGAAGGUAGACAGGUUUUGCCUAAAAAAAAAGUCAUAGAGCUUAGGCACGGGCACCGAACGACUGUUUUCUGUAAAAUAUCUGUUCGGAGAAGCAAAAAUUGCCUACAAUUUUCUGUUACUUGAGGAAGGCUAAAAAUUUCUAGAUGGCCGUUCCAUUCAUGUACAGUUUUCGUAGCUUAUCUAAUUAAUUCCCUACGAUUUUCUAAAGUUUAGUUUUUCACAUUUCAGUCCCCAACUUAGCCUAUUUUUCGUAGAAAAAGGAAAUCUAAAAUUUUCGGAUUCGAAAAUGCGAUGGAGAGAGGAAUCAGAAAAAUUCUCACUUUCGUAAAACCUAAAAUUGCAUCUAAAAUUUUCGGGAAAAUAAUACUGAGGCCCUAAGUGAUUUCGAAAAGAUUCAAGUUGCCCUAGGACGACCGAACAGAUACAAUUUUAUAACGCCGCUUAGAAUGCAUUUCCAGAGAUUUGAAAGUACUCUGGAUAAGCGAAAAAGUGUUUUCAAUGCAUUUAGGAGGUAACUGUGGUUGGGUGCCCCUGCUUCGCGGCUUAGAUUUCAGUCACGUCUGCCUCUUCUCUCCCUUGCUUGGCUGUUCAUUGGGGUAGUUUGAAUAUGGAUAUUUCACCGAUUCUUGUUUUUUAAGCUAUCCCACUGUAUGCGUCGUGCUUUCAAUGAAGUAGAAACCACAGGCAGCCCAAGCGCACUAUAUUUGUGGGUUCGGGCUUCAGAGGUCAUUUGGUGGGAAUAUACUAGAAUUAUUAGUAUAUUAUCUGAUGCCAAAUAAAUGCAAAAAGUCUUAAAGAUAUGAAGUCUUCUUGUUUGUCUAUCGGUACUAGUAGCCUUUAAGAUAACGAAAAUCGAUAUUUCUUGCAUUAUUACAUGUGAUUCGGGCCCUUAUUGAUCGAAUUUUAUCACAUGUAUUCGAAUCUACAACGCUAAGGGAAAAAAAAUCAUGAUCACGCGAAAUAUUGAUUCAAAAAGCUCCCUUACCUUUCGUUCAUAGCCACUCUGUGUCCUACGGCUGGUUUAAACGCCGUUUAGUCGACUUUCUUUCCAUCGAGUACUGAACACUAUAAAAGAAGGUCGAGGUCGAGGGUAAGUGGUCGAGGGUAACUAGUCGAGGGUCGAGGGCAAAUGGUCGAGGGUCGAAAAAUCCUCCACAAUUAUUUUUGAACGUCGUCAAAUCAAAAUUUCGUGUUUACUCGAGUUUCCGGUGCCUGUUUUAUUUUUACGUUAACACCUAGGGGCACGUGUAUCAUUUAUCGUUGAAACACUCGAGUAAAUAAUAUUGAAUAUUGAUAGCACACACCCAAUGGUUUUGUUGUCUAAUAUUUCACUCGCUUAUCAGUAAUAGAGGGUGGAAAAUUCUCCACAAAUAUUUCUGAACGUCGUCAAAUCAAAUUUUCAAGUAGGCUCGUGCUUACUCGAGUUUCCGGUUCCUGUCUUAUUUGUGUUGUGUUGUUUAUAACUUUUACACUCCCACGAUGAUGAAGGUGAGUAUUACAUUAACAUCUAGUGGCACGUGCAUCAUGUAUCGUUGUAACACUGGAGUAAAUAAUAUUGAAUAUUGAAAGCAGAGACCCAAUGGUUUUCUUGUCUAACGUUUCACUCGCUUAUGAAAAGGCUGCUAAUCUGGUAACUUUCACUGUUUGUAUUUAAUAUUUCCCACGUCCACUAGUUUUGUCCUAUGUGAGACUUGGGUCAGCGUGAUUAUUUUACUGCCUGUAAGACAAAAACAUGGAAAACUCAACGAUAACAACGUAAUAAACACAACUUGUCAAAUGCCGCAUUCACAGACUUCACAGGCUGGCAAACACUUAUAGCAAAUACUAACAAGAAAUUCACACCAUCGGUUUAAAGCCUCUUGAAAUUCGGAAAUGAAAGCGAAGUACGGAGGAGUAAAGGAAGAGAUCGAAACAAUGGUACUUUUAACGGGUAUAUAUCCCAGACCCACUACAUUUUAGAUUGCUCCGGAAAACGAAACUUGAAACUGCAAAUAUCACGCAACUGAAUAAGCAUGACAAUAAGCUUUAUCGACUCGGUUAAAAAGUUAAUUGGUUACUCCUAAAUAUGUAGUUCCAGAGAAAUAAAGCUUAAGUUGAAGUGGUGUAUCGCCAAAAAUUUUAACAAACCUCGGUACAAGAAGUACCAUUGUUUUGCCUCUUCUUUGUGAAAUUUCGGAAUACCGCAGGCAUGCGGCAAUUAAACCCAUUCAAUUAAAAGCCUACUUAAAAAAAUAUUUAGGCUGUUAAGCGUGUUGACGUAAUUCGGCUGGUCAUCAUCCCAUGAGCUGUAAAGCUCACGUAAACUUGGCCGGAAAAAAGCGGAUUCUUUUUGGUUAUAUGAGCCGCUAUGGGAUGAUAAUACGUGUUUGAAUAGUCCUGACUGUGUGUUAGCUGACCUGUUGCAGAAUCUUUCCCGGUGACCCGUUUGUCUACAUGCUUUAUUAUAAUAUUACAGGGUGGAGUUUUGUAUUUAUCACCCAGGUCGUUCCCACACCCAUAACAUUUUCUCACUGUUGGAGGCGUGACGAUCAACUCGUAGAUACUUGGCGACAUGCUAGAAUUCCACGAGGGCUGUAAGCCAGCAGAGAGCAUUGGUGAUAGAGGGAAAGACGGUUGAUGGAGAGGCGGCUGAGGAACAGGUGGUUGAGGAUGCACUGGCGGUAGAGAAAAAGUCUGGAUCCGCGGCUGUAUAAUGUUGGCAGCGCCAUCGGAAGGAGGGUAGCUCGGCUGCCAAGUAGGCGGGGGAUUUACGCUUUGACUGAGUGCCUGUGGCGGUGGUAAACCUGGACCCUUUGAUUUAGUUGCCUUCUUUUUCCGCGAAGGUGGUUUGUGUGAGGAACCUGCAUCAACGAGCAGCCCCUCAGGAGAGCAAAACAUCUCCCUCCCUGUUGACUUCUCUCUCCUCACUUCUGCUUCAUGUUGUGUACGUGCGCGGUCAGCAAACGAAGGACCCUUUCCUCCGGGUGUAGCGCCGGUCAAGUAAGCUUUGAUCUCUACGUCAAGCAGCAAAGCGUCUCGUGUGUCUGCUUGACACGCGUCUAGCUGAGACAAAUUUUGGCGGUCUCGGUGAGCCCAACCAGCGUGAAUCACUUCCGCUUGGUUCAUUUGCGGUACAUUGGGGUUGGUGAAGGCACGGAAAAUGAACCCACGUCGCUCAUGCCACCACGAUACCCAGUCUGUCAGGAAAGCCCUGCCAUCAUCGGCCGCAAUAAAUAAGUCCAUAUCAGACUUGGCGGCCUGGUAUCCAGCAACAGUUGUGCACAGUAACAGCCUGUCACACAGUUGUUUAAACUCGUCAUUGCUCUUACUGUCUAGUUUUUGAGCUUUUUUGUUUCUGUGGUCUUUAAAGUGGAACUCACACGAUUUAAUUUCGGCUUCAUCCCCAAAAACCUUUGAAAUUCCGGCUAAAUUAGCGCCUGCCAUGUCGCUACACCAGCCUAUAGGGUCAAAUGUAGCACUAUCCGAACCGGACCCUUUCCUGAGGGCUUCAUUAAAUAAACGCCAGAAAAGUUCGACGUUUACCGUGUCCUCGGUCACUGCCUCCAUUGUAGCCAGCGGUAACUGUUUGCGCAGCAAAGGAUGAUACACACUGGCUGUUAGCGUGAUAAACCCACUGCACCGUUUCUUUUUCCCAUCAAAAAAACAAAAUUCUUUGCUCAGAAAAUGGUCCCCUUUUUUGUCCAUGUUUAAUGCCAUUUUCAUUUUCGAUGUGCUUGUCUUGAAUACAAAGGAUGGCAUGUCCGUGUGCCCUCUAUUGUCAUUGAUUUUGUACACAUAUAAGGGGUCUUUUUUGUCUGCAUACUCCUUAAAAGAGACAAUGGCCUCAAAGUUGUGACCAAAAGGCUCUAUAUCCUUCUUCAGUUUCUGUUUCAUGUUAGAUACACGUUUCUUAUCCAAUACAGCACUGGCCUCUCUUUCGACUGCUUUCCAGUCCAUUUGCUGUUGAAAUGCGGACAUGACGAACGCCGACCGUACCUCGGAGGGCUUGAUGUUUGGUUGAUUCCGUAUAAUUUGUUCGAUGCUCAUGACGUCCUUUUUUCGGAGACUAUCAUUGACGGGACAUGUGUGAUUACCAACGUGGUAAACAGUCACUGCUUUACUACGAUAACUAAGAUACCUUCGCGCACUGCAUGCAACAUAUUCUCCGACUUUACCACAGCCUUUGCAAAUCAUUUCACCUCCUUCCUUUUCGAACUGCGUUGUAUUUGUUACACCAAAUUCCAUUUUAAAAGGACACUGUUUUUGGACGCAUUCAUACGACCCCUUGCAAUCAGCAAAGCGCACACGGCCAUGGUUUUUCCAUUCAGUGGGACAAUUUUUUUCCAUUUUCUGCCAUCUUGAAGGGCAUCAAGCUUUCGACGAAAAUCCUUAAUUUCGUAUAUUAAGUCCAUUGAUUCCAAUGGGUAGGGAUUUCACUGUCACGUUUUGUACAUUGACCUAUAAGGAUUUCGAUAUUUUGCGUUGUUUCAGCUUCUCCUGAAUGAUGGAGUCGUCAGAUUCCGGUUCCGACUCUUGUUUGCUAAGAAUUGAAGAAAAAGGUCAAAACGAGUUAGCGCGCGUAGCUAAUAAUGGUAUGACUUACAAAGUUUCAUCCAAUAGCUACACAUUACAGAUUUAAAUUUUUAUACCUGCUUUUAGUUCAAGCUUGAAGUGAACUGUACAUAGCGUUUUUGAGAUCUUUAUCUGAGACUCCUGAGGCACUUUGCGAAAAAAGUUAUGGACAUUGUCAAAUGCCAUAUAGGACCCAGUUAACUAAAACAAUCCAUCUAAAAGAACUGGAUUGCAUGGGCUGGUCGGUAUUCCAAAAAGCGGCAGUCAAGACCCCUGACUUUAUCAUCCAUUUAAGGGCAAGAAGGAAAUUGUUGCUUUGAGGAGUCUAUUCCGUUCUAUGAGCCCCCGAGUAGAGAUAUUGCCUCAAAGAAGUUCCAAUUAACAUGCCCUAUUCAACUUCUAUAAAGGAAUGUUGCCGAAAUGUUUCUUGAAAUGGCCGAACGAAGUAAAUUUGUUAUGGCAACAGCGUUGUAUGUGAUGUUUUCAGGGUGGUUGAACCAGCUAAGUAAUCAUUAAUGGUAUUAUAAUUAUCAUCAUCAUUAUUAUUAUUAUUAAUAUCAUUUUAAUUAUCAUUCAUUAUUAUUAUUAGUACUAUUAGUACUAUUAUUAUUAUUAUUAUUAUUGUUAUUAUUAUUAUUAACUCAACUAUUAUGGGAAAAUUUUUCUCCUAGAAAUGGGAAAAGUUUGCGAUAUCGCCUGUAAUGCUUCAACGAGCAAACGCUGUGUACAACAAGUUGUUUCAGUGAGGGAGUUCGAAACAUUUGUUGCAGUUGUUGUUGCCACAAUGUUGCCUCGGGUGGAUAAACGAAAUAACAACAUGCUUGCCUCGUUUAGCCAGCACAUCACAAAAAGGAAUGGGCCCGUUGCUCGCUACUCGCCCACUUCCCAUCCUCGCCCUCUGAGUUGCUUUCAUAACAGAAUUCAUGUGCUGGUUCAAUUUGUAAUGCACAACAGUUUUACCUGAAAGCGGGUCGUAGCAAUUCUUCGUCUGAACCACUCCCUGGUUCUAUUUUGACGGGAUCAUCAGGGCAUACCGUGGUACUGAAAUAAUAAGGAUAACGACAACGAUCUUAGGUGCCUGAAGUCGUAAACAGAGUUACUUGCUAUUUUACUUUACCGCCUAUUAAGACUUCUUAAAUCGUGGAAAUUUCAGACCCGAAGUUCUUAAUUUUUUUCUUCACCCCUGUAGUAUCAAUGAUUGUACUUUCUUUUACCUUGCAAUGUCAUUGAAUAGAUCCUUGGCUUUCGCAUUGGAAGGACGUUGAUUCUGCCCUGUCUUUGUCGGUGUGUUCUCAGCAGGGCUAAGCUGGUCAAACGACAUCGUCAGAUCUAUCAGAUCAACUUCUUUCUCCUUCUCUUCUUUCUGCUAUAGGGAAAAGCAAAGCAGUUAGAUCAUUAUCAUUCUCGGUAUUGUUUCUGUUCAUCGUUACUUUAUUAUUUAAUGCCAUACCGCGAGAAACGUACCGAUGAAGUACGCCGUCUUUUAGUCCUGUCAGACACUUUCGAGUGGGUCGAUUCCUUUGGCGUACUAUCUUCGUCGGCUGAUUCCUCUGAACUUCUAGUGCUUACGAUUUCUUCGCGAUCAUCGUUAUGAAAAAGAUGAGACUGGUGAUGAAAAAAAGCAAUUUUAUCAAUAAUCUGACAUCAAUGGAAAUAAAAGCAUUCAUAAAAGCGUUUAUUAAAGGCACCAUUCCCUUGAGACUUCUUUGGUGAUAACAGCUCUUUUUUCAAAACCGCCGUAACUACUACAUCAUCAUCUGGGGUACUGGCUGGCAAUUUAGUGGCAUCAGCAUAGCUACCGGUACCCUGUAAAAAAAGGUGCAUAGAGCUUUCAUAAACUUAUAUCAACUUUUAUAAUCCAUCAAAUAUUUUCGCUCGCGCCCGAUUGGUCUAAACACGUUACGUGACCGAAUAUUCAAACCUGCGCGUGUUGCGAAAAAUAUUUGAAGGAUAAUAACCACAAUAGCCUCCAUUUGGGGUGAAAAUAGGCACGGAUAUUAGUCCUUGGACAUUAUCUGUUCCUCAAAGCUCCAAGUUUUCCUCGAGGUACGCUCUCGGAAAACUGUUCGCUUCUCGGAACAGAUAAUGUCCGCGGACAAAUAUCCGUGUAUAUUUUCACCCCAAAUGGAGGCUAUUAUUUAUAUCUCGCAUAUUGUUUUCACCCUUCCCUCCCCCUCUCCCUGACAGACAGGUCGCCCCUGUUUAUAACGCUAUUAUCAUGCGAUUCAAUUAUUUGUCUAUAUUCAUCUGAUAUAACUUUAAACUUACUUAUGGAAUUAUAUCAGUCCAAGGUAUUCUUCAGGAAGCAUGAGUUUUCAAUUUACCUUAUUUGUAGGGGCAAUUGCCACAUAAUGGUCACCAUCACCAGUAUGCCCCAAAAAUAUGGUGCCAAAACAGAUCCCUGAGCUUGGCGUCAUUGUUCUCAUACAAUCGUCCUCUCCCUGUAAAUAAUAAAAUACUUUUACUUUUUCAUGUUAUACUGCCUUAUAACAUGAAUUUUUCGCGACGCGUUAAUUUGCGAAUUCAUUAACAAUGAAAAAUGAGAAACUUGAAAGUGAAAAACCUUUCAAACAGUGGAUCUUAUUCAUUUCGAAAAUGUUGUUGGAGACGAGUUGUCUUAUUACAAAUCAAUUGUUAUUAUCAUCAUCAUCAUCACCAUCAUCGUUAGUGGUAGUAACAGCAGCGGCGGCCGUAGUGAGUGGUAGUAUCACUAUUAUAACAAAUCCUCUUACCCCGUGUACAGUGGGUACAACGACUUCCUGGUGCAUCACAUCCGAGAAAGCUUGGAUAACCAGGUUGUUAGCGAAUUCGCCUCGCAAUUUUUUGAUAGCCUCUUCCCAUUGAACGGGCUUUUUCUUGUCUGAGAAGUCCUCCUCGCACACGAAACCUAGACGGUCGUUCCGGUCGUGCUGUUGAAUAUUUUGAAUAUUGUUAUUAUUAAAACAUUUCACGUCAUGUUCGCCAUUUGUUGUUUCUUUUUUCCUGGGUUUUUCUCAAUUGCCACUUUUUUAGUUCUUCAGUCACUUCAGUAGAAAGAGAGACGGGAAUGGAAUUGCCAGCAGUCUGGCAUAUUUUUCAAAUAAAAACACAGUUUUGAGUUUACAAAACAUGUUUCAGAUGAACAACAUCCAUCGUCAGUUGCGAAUACAAAUGAACCGCUAGUCGGUAAGAUAUAAAGGAUAGCUAAAUAUUAAGUGUGAAUAUUAAAUAACAACGUAAAUGGGUAAUUAACACGGAAAAAUUAAAAUGAAAGUGAUAAAUUAACAUGAUUAACUUGCUUGUUUAAUGAGGGGUUUUCCCAACCUAUGUGUAAGGCCUCCUUGAUUUUCAAUUUAAAAGGCGUGGAGGCGGUGUCAAGGAUUGAAAAGCAAUUCUCUGAGCACAAAUCUCUGCAUGUUUCUGACCCAUGAAUGUGCUGAAAGAUGUGCGAGUUCUUGUCGGAUGCUAAAUGUUCACGAACACGUGUAGCAAGAUGUCGGUUUGUCUCACCGACAUAACAGGCGCUAGAGCUUGCGCAAGAAAAUUUGUAAACAACACGGGAUCGUCGGCAAAGAAAUUGCUAAGGUAUUGUUUUAUAUAAAACAAUACAAUUUUAUUUCAUAUAAAAUAUGAAAUUUGAUUUCAUAUAAAAGUAAAACGAGUACGGAAAGAGUUCGUUUUGAAAUUCGCCCACAUCGGCUCAGUAGCAUUAUUCAGCUUUUACUCACUUUGUCAUUUUACAUUUCACUCAUUUCCUUAGCUAUUAUUCAAGUCCACUUACGGGGGCUCCGUAUUCAACUUAUACUUCACACCCUGCAUCCUGGUCAGACUAGUUUGCCGAGUAUCAUGUAGUUAGUUAACGUUCAAUCAAUGACAGGCCGGUUAUUGUAAAGUUCUUAAUCAAUUAAGGCUAAAAGAAAACAUGAAACGCGAACCAUGCUAGCUUGUAUAACCUUUCUGACUUGCCCUUUUCGUAACUGACGUUACCUCUCUGCAUUAAAAUACGUUUCCUAUCUAUUUCUAUGCUCCUAAUCACUAACAAUAAAAAUACUUACAUCAAAACGAUGACUUAACAGAUAGUCGAAGGUUGCCUCCUUUAAGCGCGCAACGUCUUGAUUCAGCUGGUGUGCAGCCGCCGAAAAAAAGCAGCUUCCAUCUCCUUUUGGAUUAAAGGAGACAAUAAAGCCUUUCUGUUCCAAUCGACUGAUAAAUGAUUCCAUAACGAUAACUGAACAGAGAAGAUCCUGAGUCAGAAGUUUGCAAGUCCUGAGAGAUGAGCAAGUAAAGGUGGAACGACGAGACAGAAGGUAUUGACAGCUGUCACUCAAAGGAACACGCCCAGACUCCAAUUGCAAAGUUUGCCUCAAUAGCGAGUCACCAGCUAGUCGGCUACAUUCCAAUCUUGAGGCCAUAUAAAAUCAAUUAAUUCAAAAAGAUGGUGAACACGAAAAUUUUCCCUGUUGUAUUAUUUUAGAGGACGCCUUUUGGUGGCUGUCGAUGUUUAGCGAGUAUGGGUUACCCAUCCUCUGAAAUCCAGGGAAAACCACUGGGUUUCUGCUAUCACUAUUUAAUAAUUUGUUUUCUUGAGUGUUACAAAGACUGACUGCCGUUCCUGAGAAGUUUGUGGUGCAAUGAGAACGGAACCGCGUGAUAAUUGGGUAAUUAGUUAGCAUUCCGCCUGAUAAAAAGAUAAAAUCCACAACCAGUUACAGUGUGCUCUAAGCAGCGCUUGAGCUUGGUUUACGAGAUUGGCGGUUGUAUUCUUUUUUGGCAGAAUCGAUAUAACCCAGGAGAGAUGUAUACCAAACGAACAGCGGAGAAACUUCCUGUCACGCUUCUUUCCUUAGGUUGCUUUAUUUGGGAAUUUUAGGUUUUAAAUUGAAAAAAAAUUCAGAAAUAAUUGUGGAGGAUUUUUCGACCCUCGACCAUUUACCCUCGACCCUCGACUAGUUACCCUCGACCCUCGACCAUUUACCCUCGACCCUCGACCCUCGACCAAAAGGCAAACUCAGGAUCGCUUGAACCUUUAUAAUUCUCGUACGCAUCCAGCAAGGUGAAAAACAAAAACGAUGCCAUCCGAAAUCGGAUUAUCGGCUUUGACAAGCGAUGCAUUUCUCAAGCAAAAACCCAAUAAACAAACCAGCUAUGAAUAAGAGAACACUCUUGAUAGCAGCUGUAUUUCAUUUUUCACAUCCAGUGGAAAAAGACAGUUAAAAACCUCACAAGUUGACUCAAAACUCUGUCAGCUUCAGCUGUAAACAACUUUCAAGAUGCUGCAUGAAUUUUACGCACGAACUCACCAGUCAAAUUUUAACCAAUCAGAGCAUAAAAAUUGGACGUGGAACGUGACCAACACGUGACCAUGGUUAGAAAAGGUCUUACCCGCCUGUAUUUUAAAAAAACUGGCUAAAUUUUUGCGUCUGAGGUCAGUUUGAAAUCAAAAUCGUAAUAGUGCGGGGCGAUACUGACAUAAACACAACAUAUUUGAUAUGAAUUUAAAAAAUAAGUAAACAUGAGCCUACGAUCAUUUGAAGACGAGUAAAUUGUCAGCGGAUAACUUCACAAAAAUACUCGACCUUGAUGGGUCGACACCUGAGCCUGCGAUACGGUCAGGUGAUACUGGUCAGCGGAUACCCUGUUUUGACAGCUGUCAAUUGAUGACAACAUUGAUGUGCAAUCAGCUUUCUCCUGGGCUCCCAAAGUAGCUAGAAAGUGUGAGAGUAAACAUUGGUAUGCCUGUGGUGCGGACGGACGGGCAGCGGGCGGGCGGGCGGUGUACGGUCACGUGAUUACCAAAUUUUCUGGGAUGGGUAGAUUUACUUACCCAUGGUGUUCCGCAGGCGCGCUUAGCGCGCCAGAGCUCCUCUAAAAAUAUUGGUAUGGCAAUUUAUAGUGCCAUUUUUUUGAUGUAGUAUCAGUAUUUACUCGCAGCAGCUUACGUACAAUUUGUAACCUUAAGUAUAUACCGUGAAGACCAUUAGAAGCAGUAACCAUAAAAUAAGAAGUUAUAAAUUUUAAUAUCAAAGGGUACAUCCAGGACGAUGGUAUUAAUACUUACGCUUACGACCGUUAUAAUUCACUGCAGAAUGCCCCUUUUUUCAUCUUGAAAAUACUGACCAUUUGAGGAUUUCAUUUUUGUAUGAUGUAAAAUAGAGGGUGCCAAUGGGGUUAGUAGUUAACUGAUAUUUGGCCUAAAAACCAGUAGUUAACUGAUAAUUGGCCAAAAAAAUUAGUAGUUAACUGAGAAAUGAAAAGUUAACAGUUAAGUGAGAUUCUAUUAAUUAUGCUGAAUACGAUCUUUGAUGUUUAUGAAAGCGACAAAGUUUUGCAAACAGAAAUGCUAUUUUCCAACUUUUUUCUGUCCCGCUGAUGACCUGGUAGCCUCCCACGCAGACGUUCUUAGAGGUUCGUCACGCGUUCCUGCCCCACGAACAUCUGCUGACUUGAGCGGAAAAAAAACGUAGACCAAUCACAGCAGACUUCCAGAUCUGGGAGGUGCACUUUGGACCUUGAGAAAUUUCGCGCUUGACUUUAUAGCUCCAGAAAAGAUCAGUAAGGUCUCAUGAAGGUGAAGACCUUACUGUUUUAGAACAAACUACUCAGUUAACUCACAAGCGUUCGUGGCUACCCUCACAAUCUCAUUGAAAAAAAUUUCCUCGGAAGUUAAAUUUGCUGAACGGAAGUCGGCUUUACUACUUUUACUACUACUACGCCCAAGACUUUGGAACCACAGUGAAAGAAUCGGUUAAAUGAACUAGGAAGAAUUCGAAGUGUCGAAUUGUCCCGUGUCAAAUACUUUCAUGCCUUUGUCAGCAGUGUUAACUAUGUCUCCCCCAUCGGUGCAAACAGUGUUUGACAACGAAGUAUAAGAAGCGAAUAAACUGAAGAUAAAGCGGGAUCUUUACCAUCAGCGUCGCGGGACUAUGACAUGCUAUUUGCUAUCUUUUUAAAAAGCUAAAACGUUUUUUUGGCAUCAAUUGAAUUCCAGAAAUAAUAGUCCAGUUUUGUUAUUUAAGACGAUAUUUUGGCAUUGAUAUUGUUUUCCGUCGCGGCAAUGGAUUGCAAGGAUUGAAAAUGGAUUGAAACUUAUAGGUCAACAACAAGAUACAGGACAUACAGCAACCAGUUAAGUACUAGACUAAUUCAGAUAAUGAAAGUGACGAAGAAGGUGACUUUGAAGAAGUUUGUAGCAGGACAUGCAUGACCAGGUCGGGGAGAUAAGUACGAGAGCAUGACUGGUGUGUCUGGAUGUACGUGGAUGGUUAUACGACUUAAUGCAGUUUGUACUUACAGCAAAAAUCGACUAAUAGGAGUCUUAAUAGCUAUUACUUACGCAUUUUUACUACUUCGGUAAGAUAAUUAUGUUCUUUUAAUUUCUAUAUUUUCAGGUACUUAUAAAUGGUACUAGUGGCGGAGUUUAUGUGAAUUCAUCUAAGUUUAAGCCUUGAUUUUAGUGGGGCCUACCCGGCCCAAAAGUGAGUGACUUGCUGAAGUAAAGACAAUUCGGUCUAUGACGGAAUAUUAUUCGCUGUAGGAAAGUGAAAGUUGAUAGCUAACCAAAAUAAGUAGUUGACUGAGAAUUGGCCAAAAAAAUAGUAGCCUUAGUCAUUUCAAAGCCGUUUCAUAAAUAGAUCAUUGAGUUAGCAACCAAAUCUUUUGUUUCCUUUUUUGCACGUUUACAGUUAUUGCUUUGUCAAAUGGGUGCCUCGAUACGCACACCGUAAAUGAUGUAACAAACGCCCGCGGGGUUUAUUUAAUUUCAGGGGUCCAAGCGGGGGCGUUUAAUCGAUAGAAGGCGUUUAUUCCCAUAACUGUAACAUGCUCAACAAGACUAAUACGCUCUCGGCAAAAAUAUCAAGUGAGUGUGAAAAUAGCGGAAUAUCCACUCCAUCAUUUGAUAUGUCUAGGUCGUCUAGAAAUCCAUGUCGCUUUUUCAAUCCCAACACCGAUGUCAGAAUCCUUGCUCAGCGUUAUUCUGUUGUCAUCGUUAGUCUAUCCUUCCUUUGAACUUGGCAUUGAACAAGAUGAAAUACGCAAACCCUAGUUAAUCAAACAAGAAACUCAAUAAUUUGCUCUUUUUAGCUAAUUCCUAGAAUUUUGGAGUAAUCCUCACUACACAGGGGGCGUUUAUUAGAAAGGGGCGUUUAAUACAGUUUUAACGACGUAGAGGGAGCGAUUAUUUGAUGAGAGGCGUAUAUUUGGAAGUGGGCGUUUAUUUGGUCAUUUACCGCGGUAUUCACCGAAAAUCAGGCGUAAUGCUUGCAAUUUUUUUAUACUUUUGUAUUCUACUGUUAAAUAUCCGUAACUGAUUCAAACGACCAAGUGUAAGGUAUAAUUAGGAUUGCUCUCUUACUAAUGGAUUAAAAAAAAUACAGGCGUCGAGAGGCCCUCUACACAAGGCUGCUAUCAAUGGACAGUUCGAAACAAUCAAAGGACUUCUUGAAAGUGGUGAAGAUGUGGAUAAAAAGGAUCAGGUUUGAAUCUUGUACAGUUUAAUAUGCUUCUCACGAGAAAUCGUCGUAGCCUCUUUCAUAAGUCGAGAAGGUCAUCUAUAACGCAUUGUGAGUAUGCAAUAUUAUAACACGUGUUACGUUGGAAUGCCGUUGCGCGGAUAUAAGACUAUUGACAAGACGCGAACCAUUUGUACGAGCUGUUCGCGUCCUAUGAAAGACAUGCCAGCGUCUUAUGUAAGACGUGUCUUACUGUUCUUGGCAUACGUCAGCGAUCGUGUUCAUAGCGGCCUCGUUCUUUUAUUUUUGUGGGGUUUUCAAUACCUUCACAUCUUACAAAUAUUUCAGUUAUUACAAACUUUUCACUGUCCAGUUUCCUUUAAUCAACUUCCUCAUGUUUGGGAUCAGAACCAAAAUUAUUAUUCUAAACAGCAACAAAAACAAAAACUUGGUGAGGCUCAAAAGGGGGAAGUGGGCCCAUGUACUCCUGGAUUUUUGUGAGCUAAAGAAAACCUAGCACCAGUGUGAUACAUACACACCUCUACGUAUAACUACGUUUUUUUGUCCUCUUUUCUGUAGUUUUCUUUGACUCCUCUUCAUCUUGCCUGUUGGUAUGGACAAGAAUCUGUUGUCAAACUGUUGUUAGAACACGGUGCGAACGUCAACGCUAAAGACAGGGUGAGUCAGUGAACUUUCUUCAAUUGAACAAUAUAGUGCCCUGAAGGGGUGGGGUAAGAGAGGUUGUUGUUUGUCCAGUAUUACUGAUUCACACAGGAAUCCCUUUAUGUUGGCCAAUUAUUAAAUUUACCCUAGCAACAGUAUUGAUACAAACGCCCAUCUUACUAUGGUACAUACCAGGGUGGUGGUAAACACACCGGUAUGGAGGAGGGAGUUGGGCCUCCUCCCAGGGCAGACUGUGACCGUUCCUGGGUAAAGAUGGAAGGUGCACAGAAUUCUAUAGGGGAGGGAAUUGGGCCUCCCCCAGGGUCGGCUGUGACCAAUCGUGCCGAUAUAGGGAGGUUGGGCCUUCCCUCAUGGUCGGCUGUGACCAGUCGUGGGCCUCCCUUGGGCCCCCACUAACCUACAUGUAUAUCCCAGGAGUACAAAAUGUCGAGUCUAUGGGGGCGAAAGUGUGACGAGAGGAGCACCUUAUCCCCAUUCUCACCUUUAUUGAAAAACAAAACUGUCUUCAGAGUAGAAGUACAGGAUAGAAACAACUAAAAUUAACUAAUUUGAUGUGUCAUAUCAUUGCAUCAGGUGGAAACUCUCAACCGAAAGGGACAUCAAUGUGUUGACACAGAAAUUGAUUAUAACUAUAGUGAGUUGGAUGGGAGGGAAAAGGAAACUUCAAGAUAUUGUGCUUUGGUCGUGAAGAAAAGCCAGAGUGACGAAGCAUAUGGGAGUGCAAGCUAAGGAACAUGGCAGAGUGCCGUGUAGACCCCAUGUAAUUGGUCAAGUAAACAACCAAUUGUUCAUAGACUUCAACGCACGUGAGGUUGCACGUGAAAAUUACUGGACAUGGGACAAAGCUACCAGCAACAGUUGUUGAUUAACUGAAAUUUAUCUCUAGUGAUCAAUAAAUUAUGAUCUCUUCGAACACGUUUUGAUUUGAACGUUUCAUUGCACAGGCAUUUGCUCUAAUUCCACCUGCGAAAUCGGCCUUUAACUCUUACCUAUAUCACCCUUAGAGGCUCGCUAUGUUUCCUCCUCUCUUUCUUUAUAUUUCGUGUGAGUGCUUUUUCCACCGCAUUUUUACACAUUAAAUGAAUCAGCUACAUUGCAGUCGUUUAUGGAUGUUGCUGGAAUUAUAGCAUGCCUGUAACAGAAUAGGAAUUGUUCUCUCACUGGAGGGGAACUGCUCUUUUUUCUUUGCUGUUUGGAUUAUCAAUUACCUUUCCUACGCGAUCGAUACUUAGAGCCCACGGCAGGAGAUGCCUUCUUCGUUUAUUAUUAUUAUUGUUAUUAUUAUUAUUAUUAUUAUUAUUAUUUAUUUAUUUAUUUUCAAACAAAAAGAAAUAACAACGGGAAAAGAUUUUGUUCCCGCUAGACUACGAGUAGUCCCCCAUUUUUCCUCAGGGAUAGUAGAGCGAGCGGAACGCGAGCGCGCGUGAAAAUCACCCCACGCGAGAAAAGGCGACACGCGGCGGGGAGAGAGAAAAAUGUGUUUUUUCUCUCUCCCCGCCGCGUGUCGCCUUUUCUCGUGUGGGGUGAUUUUCACGCGCGCUCGCGUUCCGCUCGCUCUACUAUCCCUGAGGAAAAAUGGGGAACUACUCGUAGUCCAUGUUCCCGCAGGCUACCCAAACCGUUAUUAAUCUUUUCCUUUUUUGAAGAUUUUUUCUUUUGACGUUAACAUUAGAUUUUGUUCAAGAACAUUUAACUGAGUCCAUGCUUCAACACUUAUGUCCAGGAUGGAAUGCACAGUCAUGUCAAAUGCACACGAUUUUUUUUUUUGUUUUGAUUUGUUUUGGUUUUUAAUGGCUCUGCUGUGUAAUUCUUGUAGUUAACAGUACGUUGCGUUACCUUGUGUAGACAAAGCGGAGACAUGCAUUUAUGUAGAGUUACCUUAGUUAAAAUGUUUCUAUGAUAAAUAGUCAAAAGAAGGUAACAAGAAUAACUCUGCUUCAAUAUGUUUUUAGUUUCAGCGUACUCCUCUGCAAAAAGCCGAACGACAAAACCACCAUUCCAUAGUGCAGUUGCUGCUGAAGAAUGAUGCCAGGCUAUGUCCUCAUCAACCAGUAAGAUAUCAGAUUGUGUCUUUAUUCCCGUUUCCUUUUUGCGAAAUCUUCUUUCAGGAGACUUUUUUUAUGUAUUUAUCAACAAUGUUGGACGUUAUACGUUAUCGAUGCGAUGAUCGUAAACCAGGUAGUUGAAUUAACUGACUUGCUGUAAGCAUUAGCUUAUUCGUUGUCCGCACUAAUGGUUUAGGGUAUUGAGACGAUAAUAACUGAAAAGGGUAAGUAUUUUAUCUUUGAGAGCCAAAUGAAAUUCCCAGCUUAUAAAUAAACAAUACGCUUUUGACUUACAUGCAAAGUCUCACUUUAAAAAGCUGCGCGUGUGACUAAAGUCAAAAGUGCAAAGACGGUAAAAAGACAUAUAGUGGAAUCAAUAAGCCUUUAUUUAAGGAUUAGUUUAUUGGUUAUUCGAACUCAUGGUUUAGGGUACUGAGACGAUAAUAACUAAAAACAGGUUAAUAUUUUAUCUUUUGGACCCAAAUGAAAUAUCCCGCCGAAUAAAAAACAAACUUCGCUUUUGACUUACAUGAAAACUCUCACCUCUAAAGCCGCGCGUGCGACUGAAGUCUAAACUAAAUAAAUUACUCGGACCAAUGGCUUAAAGCGGUCCGAACAAAAGGUUUUCAUUACAACCCUCCUCUACUGCCAGCAAAAUUUCGCUUUGUGGAAAUUUUGCAGCUGCGAAUUUUCGCCUGGCGAAAUUUCGCGAGUGCGAAUUUUCGCUCCGAAGAAAUUUCUACAAAACGAAAUUUCGCUUCAGUGGAUCCGAAAUUUCGCCAAGAUGACAACGAAAUUUCGUUUGACUCCACGAAAAUUCGCGAGCGCUUUGACGAAAUUUCGUGGCGAAAUUUCGUCGAAUUUUCGCGAGAACAAAGAACGAAGAACACCGAAUUUCCUUUGCAUUUCUUUUGCACAGUACUGUAGUUGUUAGCCUCCGGCCUUCUGUCGAAACUGACUAUUAAAAGCACUGUAACUCGGUAUUUCAGUAAUUCUAUUUUAUUAUGGUGCAUAGCACAUUUGUGUUAUCGCAAUGGUAAUUGUGCUAAUACAAAAGUUUUUAUUUGUUAUUAACCGGAUGCCAGGCCAUGUCUUCAUCAACCAGAUUGUGUCCGAAAACUGUCUCACAUUUCUGCUUUAACUUACUCAGUGUCAAAUGGAUUCCCUCUUUAUUACUUUCUCUUAAAAACUUGGUCAUUUUUUAACAGGUCUGUCUAAAGAAACUCUCAAGGAAAGCUUUCAUUCAAUUGGAUAAACAGGCUGGAUUUCAUCCACUCCAGGCGGCUGUCUUAAAGAACAAAUAUGACAUUGUUUUGAAAGCUUAUGGACUUCCAAGUUAUAAAAGUAUCAAAGGACUCUAUAAUGAAUGUGCUAAGGACAACAGUGGACAGACUAAGCUGCAAGUGGCUACAUGUAAUGAUGAUGCGGAACAAGCUGUUGAGCUUAUACUAAAUGACGGUGCAGCUAUUAAUGCCCGAGUGUCAGGUAAUGAUUACACAGUUUUGAUGCAGGCGAGUCGUUCAUCCUCAAGUCAGUUCAUUGAGACCCUCAUUGAUCUUGGGGCCGACGUUAAAGGCAAAACAGAAAAGAGGAAAGAAACACCAUUAAAAUUAGCAGCUGUUUGGAACAACUAUAUGGCAGUGUGCUUGCUUGUAAGGCACAGAGCUUAUGUAGAUGUUCAGGAUAGUUAUGGAUUCACACCACUACACAUUUCAGUCAGAAAAGGUAGCGAAAAUCUUAUCAAAUUACUACUUGCAAAUAAAGUAGAUGUAAAUAUUCAAGAUAAAAGUAGAUAUACACCCUUGCACUGGUGUGCCUUUGAGGGUAACGAAAACCCAUGUAGAUUGUUACUUGAACACAACGCGGAUGUAAAUACUCAAGAUGAAGAUGGAUAUACACCCUUACACCGGUGUGUCAAAGAGGGUAACGAAAACAUCUGUAUAUUGUUACUUGAGCACAAUGCGGAUGUAAAUAUUCAAGAUGCAUAUGGAAAUACACCCUUGCACUUGAGUGCCAGAGAGGGUAACGAAAACCUCUGUAGGUUGUUACUUGAACACAACGCGGAUGUGAAUAUUCAAGAUAAUCGUGGAUAUACACCCUUGCAUUGGUGUGUCAGAAACGGCAACGAAAACAUCUGUAGAUUGUUACUUCAACACAACGCGGAUGUAAAUAUUCAAUAUAAAUCGGGAUAUACACCCUUGCAGUGGUGUGUCAAAGAGGGUAGCGAAAACCUCUGUAGAUUGUUACUUGAAUACAACGCGGAUGCAAAUAUUCAAGAUAAAAGUGGAUAUACACCCUUGCACUGGUGUGUCACAAAGGGUAACGAAAACCUCUGUACAUCGUUACUUCAACACAACGCACAUGUAAAUAUUCAAGAUAAAUAUGGAAAUACACCCUUGCACUGGUGUGUCAAAGAGGGUAACGAAAACAUCUGUAUAUUGUUACUUGAGCACAAUGCGGAUGUAAAUAUUCAAGAUGCAUAUGGAAAUACACCCUUGCACUUGAGUGCCAGAGAGGGUAACGAAAACCUCUGUAGAUUGUUACUUGAACACAACGCGGAUGUAAAUAUUCAAGAUAAAUAUGGAAAUACACCCUUUCACUGCAGUGCCUCAAAGGGUAACGAAAACCUCCGUAGAUUGUUACUUGAACACAAUUCGGAUGUACAUAUUUAA